CAAUCGCCUCUUCAACGCGUGUGUAUAUAUAUAGAUAGCCCCUUCCGGAAACAUCUUCCAUUCCCAUUCCUUCCUUGGCCGGCAACCAUUAACCUCCACGAGACCCAUCAAUGGCGGUCGCCAAUAACGGCACCAGCAAGCAGGGGAUUGAUCCUCCGGGGGAGCAAAAGGCUCAUAGAGCUCAAGAUGUCGAGGAACAGCACCCGCGGCCGACCACAGAUGGCGACGCAGCCAUCGCAUCCGUGGUGCAGCGAUGGAAGAGGGAGGACUUCCGUAAGAAGGGGGAAUUGCUUCUUCGCGCGCUUCAAUUUCUCUUCUCCCUGCUUUCUUUCGUCCUUAUGGCUUCUAACAAGCACGGCGACUGGAUGAACUUCGAUCGCUACGAGGAAUACAGAUAUCUAUUGGCGAUAUCGAUUCUGGUGUUUCUGUACUCGUCGGCCCAGCUGAUUCGGCAGGUUCACCGUCUCAGCACGGGCCGUGAUUUGAUGCCCGCUAGGGCUGGCACGAUUUUCGAUUUCGCCGCAGAUCAGGUGGCCGCAUAUAUGAUGAUCUCAGCAUUGUCUGCGGCCAUUCCAAUGACCAACCGCAUGCGAGAGGGUGCUGACAACUUGUUCACCGACGCAUCCUCUGCUUCCAUCAGCAUGGCCUUCUUCGCUUUCUUAGCGCUUGCUAUCUCCGCCUUGGCCUCUGGAUAUAAGCUUUCUAAUCAUUCCUAUAUAUGAAUUGGUUUUCUAUGCUGAAUCCUCUCUCUCUGCUAUAAUUGUUUGUUUAUUACCAUUUUGAUUGUCGCAUAAAGCACAUUUAUUGUGUAUAUGUAUAUGAUUGCCGUCAAUUUCAUGUUA